AUGUCAGCUGCCAAAACUUCACUUGGCAAAGGCCUCUUCGAUUUUGGCGUUGCAGUCAACAAAGCCAAUGCAAGAGGUGUAGUUGUUACCAAAUGCUCUUCCUCUCAAUAUGAAUGUAUUCUCUCUCCCAUGAUGGAUUAUAGUGGCAUGUUCGCCAUGCUAGCUGUCAAUGCCAACAAUGGAAGUACCAUACGAGUUGACUACCCAGCUGCAGCACUCACUGCUCAAACUCCAGUUUUUGCUUCACUUCUUUCGCAUGAUGGUCGAUUCUACUACAAUCAUUUUGGAAAUUAUUUCAUGCAAUUUGAUGCCACUACCUUAUCAUUUACAUUUGUGGCAAAAACUUCACAAGGAACAGCUAUGGGAAUGACUGUGGAUGAUUCUGGAGUGAUUUGGUCUGCUACGUACCCUAAAAGUGGUUUAGUUUCUUUUAAUCCAAAAAAUAGAGAAUUUAGAGAUUACGGAUUUGUCUAUAAUCAAACAUGGUACAUGUACCAGAGAAAUAUUGCAGCAGAUGACUUGGGAUAUAUUUACAUUGCUGUUGGCUCUGCACUGAGUCAAUUUGUAUGCUUUCAUCCAAAUACAAGUCAGUCUUGGCCAUUGUUGGCUGAAAAUCAACGAAUUUCUGGAAGUCCUUGGCUGUAUAGAGACAAUGACGGCAAAGUUUAUGGACUUAAUGUCAAUUCCAGCCCCAUGUUUAUGUUUUACGGAGGCAUCAUGACCCAGCUGUCGUCUCCUCAUACCCGUAGUUACAAAUUUUACAUUUCUGGAACUCAGUAUUUAUUUUAUGGAAAUUUCCCGUCUGGUCGAAUUCUCAAAACUUUCGAUCCAGAAUCAAAAACCUUUUCCAUUCAACAGAAUCCCAAUAAUACAUCCAGUGUGAUCACUCUCCUUUUCCUAUUCAUGUCAAGGAGCUACCUUAAUGGAUAUGACAGUUUCUCCUGA